GCAACGAGGAGGGCAGAGUGAUCCGGUUCCACUGCAAGCUGUGCGAAUGCAGCUUCAAUGACCCCAAUGCCCGGGACAUGCACGUGAGGGGGCGGCGGCACCGGCUGCAGUAUAAGAAAAAAGUGAACCCCGAUCUUCCGAUUGCGGACAAGCCCAGCACGAGAGUUCGGAAGCUCCUGGAGGAGAGGCUGAGGAGGCAGCGGCAGCUGAGCAAGCAGCGUCUGGGGGAGCUGCGGCGCCAGCACGAGGAGAUGAGGCGCCACGGCUUGUGCAAGAGGCGGCUGGAAGAGGAGCCACAGGCGCAGGAGGCGCGCUCGGGACGCUCGCCGCCCGACCAGCAUCCACCUCCCCUCAGGAGCGGGCCGGGGCUGUUCGCAGCCAAGCCUCUGCCCAUGAGGCGGCCGGAGUCCAGUGACGACCGGCACGUCAUGUGCAAGCACGCCGCCAUCUACCCCACAGAGGAGGAGCUCCUGGCCGUCCAGAAGGCCGUCUCCCACUCGGAGCGCGCCCUCAAGCUGGUGUCCGACACGAUGGCCGAGGAGGAUUCCGCGCGCCCAGAGCCAGAGGGCGGGGAGUGCAGCCGCCCAGGCGCCUCUGCUCGGAUCCUGAAAGGCGUGAUGCGGGUCGGCCUCCUGGCGAAGGGCCUCCUCCUGCGGGGAGACAGGGCCGUGCAGCUGAUCCUGCUCUGCUCCCAGAAGCCCGCCCGCGCCCUGCUGCGCAGAGUUACGGAGCAGCUGGCCCUCCAGCUCCCGAUGGUGACAGAGGACAAGUAUGAGGUCUCCUCCGACCCUGAAGCCAACAUCAUCAUCUCCUCCUGCGAGGAGCCCAGGAUACAGGUCACUGUGUCCAUCACCUCGCCCCUGAUGCGGGAGGAUCCCUCUGCAGACCGAGAAGGAACAGAGGCGCCUCCGCCUGACCCGGGAGAUGUCCUGAGCUCAGAGAAGUGCCUCCAGUCGCUGGCUGCCCUCCGCCACGCCAAGUGGUUCCAGGCGAGAGCCAGCGGCCUGCAGCCCUGUGUGAUCGUCAUCAGGGUCCUUCGGGACCUCUGCCAGCGCGUGCCCACCUGGGGGGCCCUGCCGGACUGGGCCAUGGAACUGCUGGUGGAGAAGGCUCUGAGCAGCACGAAGGGGCCCCUGAGCCCCGGGGACGCCGUGAGACGGGUCCUGGAGUGCGUGGCCUCUGGGACGCUCCUGACAGAUGGGCCGGGGCUCCAGGAUCCCUGCGAGAGAGACCAGAUGGACGCCCUCGGGUCCAUGACCCUCCAGGAGCGGGAGGACAUCACGGCCAGUGCUCAGCACGCCCUGCGCAUGUUGGCGUUCCGGCAGAUCCACAAGAUCCUGGGCAUCGACCCUCUGCCGCCUCCCAAAAGCAGGCCUGGGGCGCGCUUCCGGAAGAGGCCACGGGAGGCGAGCGAGGCCGAGGCCGAGGAGGGCGCCAGCCAGAGGAAGCGGGCUGGUGGAGCAGAGAGGGGCCCGUGUGAGCGGCCUCGCCUCCUCAACGGGACCUGACGCCCCACUGAAUGGCUGCUUCACCCCUGACGCUGGGCAGUACUGUUUUCCUUUGCAGUAAUGUUCCGUAGAUUUCUUUAAAGGCACUUGUGCUUAAAUCAUUAGCAAAAUCUCUUCAUGUGGCGAUUUCAGCUGCGGGGGUUGGGGCACAGCGCCCCAAGGCCUGCCUUCACCCGGCGAGAAGGUGCAGCACAAUUUUAAACCCUGGCAUUUCUUGCUAGCUUUAAACUCACCCUGUGGCCUACUAAGAGUGUGGGUUUUUAAAUGGCUUCGUGAGGACACAGCAGCCGUGCAUGGAUUUGAAAUCUCACGGGCAAGCCCACUGGGGGUCCCACAUCAGGAAGCCUGGCCCCGGAAGGCAGGUCGGGAGGAUCUGGGGUGGUGGCCAAGCCUGAGAGUGUGCCCAGGCCAGGGUCCUCAGUCCCCAAGCCCCGUCUGCUCCAAACACACUGCCCCCUCCAGCUCCCCAGCCUGGAGACGGCCCCGCAGCCAGAGGUCUGCAGGGCUUGAGCUGGGCUCGUCCCCCAGCCCGCCAUGGGAGGGCCACAGAGCCUAAGGGUGGUGAGGAUGCAGGCUGGGCACGCCCCUGACCCCCGGAACAUCUGUGACCCCCAUGGCACUGCACCCCGUGCCACUCCGUGCCUUCUGCACUACGAGGAACAGCUCUGUACGCCUCAUUCGGGGCUGGGUUUGCCUUGUCUUUCUCCCGUCCUCCUUGCAUAGGUGCAGCCAAUGUGGGUCCAGGGCCCGCCCCUUGAAAGUGGAGUAUGGGGGCUCUGCCUGGUGCGGGGCACAGAAUCAGGAGCCUCCUGGCACUGGUGGACAUGAGGGCACACUUGCCCAGCCCCGGCCCCGAUCCGUCCAAACUUCCCUCUUUGCGACAGCUUCUCUGGCGGCCCUGUGGCACUGAAGGAGAUAAGUCCAUCUUUGGGCUGACACAAUCUUUUCUGGUCACUUGAUUGUUUCAAGCUCAUUUCUGUGUUUAAGGGACAGCCUGUGUGUGGCUUUACAUCUAAUGUCUUCGUAGAACUACCUGGAAGUUUGGGGGGUGGGGAAUAAACGAGAUAUGCCUGUCUCUUGGUGUGGACCGUGCAGUCCUUCCUCGGGGCGCAGUGACCCUGCUGGGCUCCUGCAGCCUCUCAGGGCCCCAGGCAGGGGCCCUGACCAGCCAGAACUUCUCCCCGAGGCUCUGAGGCUGGGAGUGUGGAUGGGGAGGAGGUCCAAGGGGCUGGUGCUGCCCAGGUGUGGGCCUCUCAGGCCAUCUCCACACUGAGGUCCCCUGGGAAUGCAGAGGAGCCAGGCUCUGCAGACCCCACCCCCAAUCCUGGGGAUCCAGCCCAAGAAGCACUCAUCUCACACACAUCCCACAGCCACUCAAGGAACCCACCCUGGCCUGGUCCAGGAGAUACACAGCGGGACCAUCAGCGGGAGGGUUGGGGACCCGGAAGGCUUCCUGGAGGAGGGGGCAGCCAAGCUGAGUUGGGAGGGGUGGCUCUCCGCCUGCAGGCCCCCUACCAAGAGUUCCCCCGCAGUUUCCCCAAAUCCUCAUUGCAAACCUCAGCGGGGAGCGGGGGUCCAGACAGGGAGAGGGCAGGUUGGAGGGCAGAGAGGGGAGGAGGCGGGCGAGGUUGCAGUGGCCCGUAGCAGAAGUGGCACGUGCCCAUGGGCACAGACCAGGGCAGGGAGAUGGUCAGGACACCCUUCUCAGAGAUGGGCCAAGGGAGUGUCGGCCCCCCAUGCAGGCAAAGCUUAGCCUGGUUCUACCAGGCACAUUAUCUACCAGAAACAGGAAGCAGCCAGCUGGUGCCUGACCACUCCAACCUCCCCGGAAGGGCAGGCCGCUCUCCUCUGCUUCUGGGCCCUUCCUGAGGGAGCAGCACCCCAACAGCACGAGUGAGGGCAGAGCAGCCCCUCGGCUACAGCCACAGACCGGGCUCGGGGGACAUUCUCCACCUCACGCGAGGGAGCUUCACCCGCACACACCCUCUCCCUCUGCAUCUCUGUCGACAGCUCUGCUAUUCACCCAGCUGCCCAGGCUGACCACCACAGAAGGACCACUGAGGCGUCCUUCUGGGUUCCUUUGUGCUCGGAGCCGAGCCAUCUGGAAGUCCUGUUGGUCCCACUUCUGUUGCUCUCCAUUCACAGCUUAUGGCACUCUGCAGCUUCAACCCUCCAGCAGCUGGGGCCUCAGGAUAAAACUCAGGAUUACACUCAAGAUAAAACCCCAAAUCCCAACAAAGCCCUCCCAAAGAACCCAAGUGCCACCCUCUGCCUCAGUAACUCCACUUCAGACCUACUAGUCUCCGCUUGUCCUCAGUGAACCAGCCAAACUUCUUCCUGCCCCAGGGCCUUUGCACAUGCUUUUCCCACUGCCUGUUACGCUCUUCCCCUGGCCUGUAUGGCCAGCUGCUCCUCUCCUCCUUUGGGUCUUGGAGAGGCCUCCUUGACCACCUCAACCUGUCACAUAACCCUAUUCAUUUCCUUUAUGCCACACGCCACUGACUAAAAUCAUUUGUUAUCUGCCUUGCUCCCACACUGUGAACUGUCUGCGGGCAGUAAGUGUAUCUGCCUUACUCACCACGGCACCCCAGGUCUAGAAUAGACCAAGUUCAGUAAAUAUGUUAAUGCUGGAAACCAUGCUCUGACCCUCAAGGAUGGGUGUCUGUGUUGGAGGAAUUCACCUCCUAGCAGAUAAGAAGACACGGUUUGUUUCGGUGUCAUCCCAGGAGAUUACUGUACCGAUCAGGAUGAGAGCCUUUGGCUAAGGUGGUGGCAAGAGGACGAAGGGAAGGGAGAACAGGUUGGCAUUCAGGGGUGGCCAUCACCGCUGCACUUUUGUGGGAAGCCCCUGUCCUGCUACCGUGAGUCUUCCUGACAUCCUGGCAGUAGCAGCUCCGGGAAAUCUCAUGACCCACUGCUCACCAUCCCAUCCCUGCCUCCUAGGGAAGAUGGAUGUGAUCUUCUCCAUCAGGUGGUGUAAAAGCAAUCCAGUUGACAGAGAGUUAAAUCUGCCCGCCCCCCGCCCCCCCCACCGCCCAGCAACUCCAGAACACCGAGUUUAGGCAAUGCAGCCACAAAAUCAGACAGCUGGUUAGCGAUGUACUCGGUCCAGAUGGAUGGGACACCUGGGCUACGGUGCUCGCUGCAGUCCUGAAGAGCGGUUGCUUCUCAUCUUUCCUCUCCAGCCCUCUCCCCACCAGGCAGAGGACCCCAGAGCAGGCUGGCAACUGGCGUGGAGACGCGGGACCAGUCACUUGAGGAUUCGGACCGCU